UAGGUUAUUACGACAUGGAGUUCUUUCUCAGAAGCUCAAAGCCCUAGCUCUCCUGGUGUGGCGCCGGGUCUGACAUCUCUAUUAGUUUCCUGAGUAAGGAUGCAUAUGAUAACUUGUGUAUAUGUGGUACAGCAGUAUCUGUAAGCAAAGAUGGUGAGAGUUAGUGUACUGAAUGAUGCUCUGAAGAGCAUGUACAAUGCAGAGAAGCGGGGGAAGCGUCAGGUCAUGAUUAGACCCUCAUCCAAGGUCAUUAUCAAGUUUCUCUUGGUGAUGCAGAAGCAUGGAUAUAUUGGGGAGUUUGAGUAUGUUGAUGACCACCGAUCUGGUAAAAUUGUGGUCGAACUAAAUGGAAGGUUGAACAAGUGUGGAGUCAUCAGCCCUCGCUUUGAUGUUGGUGUCAAGGAAAUUGAGGGAUGGACUGCAAGGUUACUUCCCUCCAGACAGUUCGGAUACAUUGUCCUGACGACGUCUGCAGGCAUCAUGGACCAUGAAGAGGCAAGGAGAAAGAAUGUUGGUGGAAAAGUGCUUGGCUUCUUUUAUUAGGCUAAUGUUGUUCUAUGGACGUGUUUGAAUUUUUUUUCUUAUUCAAAGAGCUUUUUAAUGUACCAUUGAGAUUGUCGACACCAACGUUACACCUCUAUAUAUUUUGUUUUAUUUGCUUUCAACACGAGUUGAGAUUUAAACUA